UCAGGCAGGGGUGCAGCGUCUCCUGCUGGCUGCAGCUGCAACUCCUGCAUCCGGGGCCUGAGAAGCAACAAAACCCAGCUCUGCAGAAGGUGGAAACAAACACCAAUAUUGACCAGGAAGAAGUCAGGAGCCCAGAGGCUGAACACCAAGGGCCCAGGGGGCAUGGAGAGAACCAGGAGGAAGCCCAGACGAAACCGAGACAGCCCCAAGACAGGCAAGCAAUUAAAGAUUCUGAAGCUGAUACAAAAGAAGGGUGUCCCCAGUUUGGGAUUUUGCGAGAGCCUACACUCCAACUUGGCAGCACGUGUACCCUGGGAACCUCUUUCAUUAGAACCUGGCGGCCCACGCGUCCUUAUCCUUCAGGUCAGGUUCCUCUGGAGAGAGAGAGAGGCAGAGGCGGCUGGUUGCCAGAUGUUAUAGACCCCGUGGACACCAUGUUGGAAGCCAGACUCCAAAGCCAGCAGAGAAGCAGCCAGAAUGGUCGGGAGACCAGCCUGUGGUCCUCAGGUUUUGGGAUGAAGCUGGAGGCUGUCACCCCUUUCUUGGGGAAAUACCGCCCCUUUGUGGGUCGCUGCUGCCAGACCUGCACCCCCAAGAGCUGGGAGUCCCUCUUCCACAGAAGCAUAAUGGAUCUAGGCUUCUGCAAUGUGAUCCAGGUGAAGGAGGAGAGCACCAGGUUUCGGGGCUGGCUGGUUCGGAGGCUCUGCUAUUUCUUGUGGUCACUGGAGCAGCACAUACCCCCCUGCCAGGAUGCCCCACAGAAGGUCAUGGAAAGCACUGGGGUUCAGAAUGUCAUCCCAGGCAGGGCCCCAGGAGGGGCUGGGGAAGGCCAGGUGCCCAGCCACGUGAAGAGAGAGGUACAGCACAUCUUGGGCCACAUCCAGGCCCCACCCCGCCCCUUCCUGCUCAGGCUGGUCAGCUGGGCACUGCUCCGGAUCCUGAACUGCCUCUUCCUGAACGUACAGCUGCACAAGGGCCAGAUGAAGAUGGUCCACAAGGCCGCCCAGGCAGGCUCGCCGCUCGUCCUCCUCUCUACCCACAAGUCACUCCUGGACGGGAUCCUACUGCCCUUUGUGCUGCUCUCCCAGGGCCUGGGCGUGCUCCGUGUGGCUUGGGAUCCCCGCACCUGUUCCCCCAUCCUCAGAGCUCUGCUGAAGAAACUUGGGGGACUUUUCCUGCCCCCAGAGGCCAACCUCUCCCUGGACAGCUCUGAGGGGGUCCUUGCAAGGGCUGUAGUCCAUGCGGCUGUGGAGCAGCUGCUGGUCAGCGGGCAGCCCCUGCUCAUCUUCCUGGAGGAGCCGCCUGGGGCUCAGGGGCCUCGGCUGUCAGCCCUGGGUCAGACGUGGCUGGGACUGGUGGUGCAGGCGGUCCAGGUGGGCAUCGUCCCAGAUGCUAUGCUGGUGCCAGUGGCCAUCACCUACGACCUGGUUCCAGAUGCACCCCGUGACACAUACCACGCCUCGGCCCCACUGGGGCUGUGGACCGGAGCUCUGGCUGUUCUGUGGAGCCUGCGAGGCUGGGGCUGCAGCCGCCGAGCCUGCGUCCGUGUGCAUCUGGCCCAGCCCUUCUCCCUGCACGAAUACACCGUCAACGCCAGAAGCUGCUGGGGCAGCAGGCAGACCCUGGAGCAGCUGCUGCAGCCCAUCGUGCUGGGCCAGUGUACCGUCGUCCCCGACACUGAGAAGGUGCAGGAGUGGACCCCAGUAACCGGGCCCCUUCUGGCCCUCAAGGAAGAGGACCAGCUGUUGGUCAGGAGGCUGAGCUGUCACGUCCUGAAUGCCUGCGUGGCGAGCUCGGCGGUGAUGAGCACGGCCAUCAUGGCAACGCUGCUGCUGUUCAAGCACCAGAAGGGCGUGUGCCUGUCACAGCUCCUGGGGGAGUUCUCCUGGCUGACAGAGGAGACGCUGCUGCGUGGCUUUGAUGUGGGCUUCUCAGGGCAGCUGCAGUGCCUGGUGCAGCACACGCUGAGCCUGCUGCGGCCGCACGUGGCCCUGCUGCGCGUCCAGCAGGGGGACUUGCUGGUGGUUCUGCGGCCAGGCCCAGGCCUCGCGCACCUGGCACGCCUGAGCUCCGAGAUGCUGCCCGCCUUCCUGAGCGAGGCCGUGGGUGCCUGUGCUGUGUGGGGGCUGCUGGUGGGCAGGGUGCUGCCUGAGGGACCCUGGGAGCUACAGGGCAUCGAGCUGCUGAGCCAGAACCAGCUGUACCACCAGAUCCUGCUGCUGAUGCACUUGCUGCCGCAGGACCUGCUGCUGCUGCAGCCCUGCCAGUCUUCCUACUGCUACUGUCAGGAGGUGCUGGACCGCCUCAUCCAGUGUGGGCUCCUAGUUGCUGAGGAGACCCCAGGCUCCCGGCCAGCCUGCGACACCGGACGGCGGCGUUUGAGUGCGAAACUGCUGUGGAAACCAAGUGGGGACUUUACCGACAGUGACAGCGACGACUUCGAGGAGGCGGAGGGCCGGUACUUCAGGCUCAGCCAGCAGUCGCGCUGCCCUGACUUCUUCCUCUUCCUCUGCCGCCUGCUCAGCCCGCUGCUCAAGGCUUUUGCGCAGGCUGCCACCUUCCUCCACCAGGGCCAGCUGCCAGAUACUGAGUCGGGCUACGCGGAGCAGCUGUUGCGGUUCUUAGAGGCCACCGCCCAGGAGGAAGGGUUCUUCGAGUGUGUGGACCCAAAUCUCGCCAUCAGUGCCGUCUGGACCUUCAGAGACCUGGGGGUGAGAGGGGCCAGUCUCUCCGCCCUUCUGUCCCCCUGCCUCCCACUCCCCUACCCUGAAAGAGCUGCUCAGGGGAGCCCAGCUGUACCCACCCUGGGAUUUCCCCAGCGUCUCCCACGAGUAGGUGUGGUGACAGUAGUUGUUGGAGAAGGUAGGACAGUUUUCCUGCCCCGCUCAGUCUCCCAAACCCCUGGGUCAUUCUGCUCCCGGGUGGGGCCCUGGGGGUGCUUUGAGAGGCAGCGUUUGCCCUCAAACACCGAGGCUUACAGGGCCACAGGUCUCACUGCAGUUUUCCAGGGGAGGGGCACAGCGCCCGUGGCAAGCGCUCAGAGCCCUUCUCUGUGGCCCAGGUGCUGCAGCAGGUGCCCAGCCCUGCAGGCCCCAUGCUCCACCUGUCCCCCACCUUUGCCAGCCGGGACAAUCAGGAAAAGCUGGAACGGUUCAUCCGGCAGUUCAUCUGUAACUAGAACUAGGAGGAGGGGCCGGCGUUGUGACCUCCCAGCCCCAGAGCACAGCUGUGCCCUGGAGCCAGAAGGCUGGCCUGGGAGGAGCUGCAAACCCUCAGCUGGACUAUAAAAUCUUUGAGGUCUGACUGCCCCUCGCCAUCUCUUGCUUUCUGCAUCCUCUGGUGUGAUAAACGAGAGGACUGGAUGAGUCCUCUUUUCCCAAGCUCA